GUUUUUUAUUCGCGACUUCGCGUUCUAUUUUUGUGUGUGACGGUUCCGUCCGGCGGAGAAGGAUUUUAUUUUGCAAAUAAUUUUGAUGGUUUUCGUUUAGAUCAUCGAAAUCCCUGCAGAAGUGCUCCCGAUUGCGGUAAAUUAUCAAAAUGCAGAACGGAGACGGUACGCCAACCGCCGCGGAUAACACCAAGAAAACGGUGCCUGAGGAGGUUACGAAGUAUUCGUUCCGGUUGAAGGUAUGGCGUCAUUUGGAGUCCAAUGGACUGGCAAUGUUCCCGAGGCCGGUCUACAACAGGAUCCCUAACUUCAAAGGCGCCCCAGAGGCCGCAGCCAAGUUGGCUGAACUGGACGUGUUUAAGAAUGCUAGCACCGUGAAAGUCAACCCUGAUAAACCGCAGGAGGCUGUGAGGGUAAUUUGCCUAGAGCAACAAAAGACCCUGUACGUGCCGGUGCCUCGUCUGCAGAAAGGGUUCCUAAACCGGCUGGAGCUGCCUGAAGGAGAGACUGGCCCAGCAGCCAUCAGGAAGGCCGUCUCGCGCAACGGAAUGGAGUCCUAUGGAAAGCCUAUUGGCAUAGAAGACUCCGUUUCGCUUGAUUUGGUCGUAAUGGGAUCAGUAGCUGUGUCCAAAGAGGGAUACCGCAUUGGCAAGGGUCGAGGCUAUGGCGACCUCGAGUUCGGUCUGAUGAUGCACAUGAAAGCCAUCAAGCCAAACACACUGGUUGCCACAACUGUGCACGAUUGCCAGGUGUUCGACACACUUCCGGCAGAAUUGUUCGGACCGCAUGACGUCCCGAUCGAUAUCAUUGUCACACCGACUCAGGUGAUAUCAACUCAACGUAUGAGCCAACGGCCAGUGGGCAUUCUGUGGCAUUUAUUGUCCAAUCGUCGCCUCGAGCUCAUGCCCAUAUUGGGACAACUGCGUGAGAUUGAAAUGCUUGCGGGCCGUGCGUGUCCCCUGAAGGAGGUAGACACGGACGUGGAAGAACGCGCCGCGCAACGCCCCCGUCGUCUAAGACACCGUACUCGCUCGCAUAAGAGCCAGAGCGAGGGAGAGGGUAAUACCACGGAGGGCGAAGAAGGCAAAACGGGCGGCAAAGCGCGUCGUUCCACGCGCCGGCGUAACAGUCAAAAGUCUGCCAGCAAGGACAAGGACGAGAAACCACGUCGUCCAAAGAGACAACGUCCUGAUAUCGACUUUUCUGUCAAGAUUUCCAACAUAAGUCCCAAUACGAGAGUGCGCGAUCUGAAGCAGGCGCUUUCUGAACGCGGAGUCAAGCCACAGAUCAUGGUUUGGAAGGGAUUCCGUGGCUUCUGUUAUCUACACUUCUUCAAGCCAAGCCCACAGAAGGGCGAGGGUGAUAGUGGGUCUGGUGUGAGCAUGGAGAGCGUCCUGUCUGCGCUGGCGCAGAUGUCGCUGGGCGGCAGCGGGGGCGCGGGGGAGGGCGCGGCCGGCGCCGGGGAAGAGCCGCGCGACGACAAGCCGCGUCUGCUCUGCGUCGAGCCCGCGCCGCCGCGACACGAGAAGCCGCAGGCUGAAGUUCAUUAAAUUGCAAAAGGCGAUGGACUCCAAAAUGUAUCCCUCGAUAUUUUGUUAACUACUACCUUAUGAUUAUUUCUAAAACACGCAUAUAUCGUUGAUCGCUUGGUUUUGCACUCGGACUGACGGGUUCCCUGUCGCAUUCCGACACUAAUUUGUAUAACGUUAAGGUACCUUUUUCUUUGCGCCGGCCCUACUACAAUGAAAGAUGGGCGCAAUGCAUACUGGCGUCUUAGUUGCAUCCGUCACUACGGGACAUGAGCCGCAGUGUGAUGUUGGGAGUGUAUACUUUGUUUUGUAAGAGUGCCGAGGCACGGUUCACUUAUGUUGUCUACGCGCAGUAUGCAGCGCGCCCUCUACCCGAAGUAGAAGCGAGGAGGUUCGAUUUUAGUUUGUGUCGAUAGUUCGGACAUGUGUUCGCUCGAUGGUAUUUAGUUCUUAUUUGUAUGGGCCGGCCUCUAGAGUGAACUAUAUUUAUACACUUAACGAAAAUUAUAUCUUUAUGAAUGUUUUAGUUGUCUCUAGUCUAAAGUUAGCAUGUAAUUGAACGUUGUUUCUAUAAAAUGUUUAUGGUUCCGCGUUUGUUUCAAUGCAGAUACGUUUAAGCAUUCUUCCAUAAUUAUAUUACGAGAAAAGAAGCUAUAUUUUUAGUAUAUAGUAUAGAUUGAACUAAAACUAUAAAGUUUAUAUUUAAUAUUGUAAGGUGCUUUGAAGAACGGAGUCCCGAACUUUGUUUAGAAAUUAGUUUGGAAGGAUUUGAUUAGUGUUAAGAGUAUUUAUUUUAUUGCGAAAUUUGGGGCUCCGUUUUUUAUCUAGUUGUAUAUUUGUGCCAACUUUGUUUGAAUAUCUCCCAACUUGUUAAUAAAAUUUCGCGUAAUUAAAAUCUGUAGGCGGUAUCGCAACAUUUGAAAGUUUGUCUUGGACUAUGAUACAUUUUAAAUUUAACAUAUCGAAAUGUAAGUUGGUAUAAAUAUUUCCAUCUGCGGAUGUCAAAGUUACUUUUUCAGUAUUAGGUUAUCUGUAAUUUAAGACUUGAAAAGUAAUAUAUUAUUGACAUAAUAAGAUAAUAUAUUUAAACUAUAUACUUCUUAGUCUGCGAACUAGUCGUUCGCACUGCAUUGGUCUCUCUUAGCGUAAAAGAUGUUGUAUUUUAUAUAGAAAGAGGUAUUUUAUUAACGUAUUUUUCGAAAUUUUUAGUUAUAUCGGGUUGCAUAAUAUUAUAUAGCUUUGUCGUUUAUAUUUACUGGCAUUUUCUCGUUACUGUUAGCGUCUGUACACGUACACUCGCGCAAUGAAGCGUUAUAUCGUCUGUUACAUUAUUGUUAUUCUCACUCAGCAAGUUUAAGCACUACAAAUAUAUAUUUAUGUAUAUAACUUGUUAACAUAUGCUAUUUACUAGUUUAUUUUGUAAUUUUAUAACGUUGGGUAGCAAGCAUGGACGAGCGUUUUUU